UCGUCUAUUUGUAAACACAGAUUUCGCUUCAAAUCUUUGCGGAGGACAAGAAAUAUGUCCCAGGGAAUAUAGGCAUAAAAAAAGUCUAAAACCCUAUAAAAGAAGAACAGAAGAAGAAGCAGGGAAUAUAGACAUUAAAAUAAGCCUAAAACCUGAUAAAAGAAUAAAGAAGAAGGACAACAAAAGCCGCUGAAGUCUCUUAGAAGUUUAUGGUUGACAUAUACGGAAAGUUUGCUAAAGUUUGCUAAAGUCUCUUCGAAGUUUGAUUAUAUAAGGAAAAUGAAGAUACCGACUAAGGGCCAGCUAGAGCAGAUAAUGGAAGAACACACCGGGAAGAGAAUACGCAUUUCGAAAGAUGCAGCCUCGUAUAUGUAUAUGAGGUACUUGAUUUACAUGAAGGAGUUGGCGAAGAAGACGGAUGAUAUUGCUUUCAGUCAAAAGAAGUUGCAGAUUGGAGGUGAUAAUAUUGCUCGUGCAGCUCCAAGGCUACUCACAGAAUUCAGUGAUGCUCAGAACAUCCGACUGAGAGCCAAGAGGAGGAGCAGUGAAGGUGCAAAAGAAGAAACCAAAACAAGAGAGAGGUCUAGUGGAGGAGAGAGUGACGAAAGUUCCGAGGAAGAAGAAAGGGGAGCCAGUGGAAGCAGCAAAGUAAAUCGGCAGAGGAAAGUGGUUCAGAAAGGGAAAAAAAGAAUUAAGGUAACUUUUGGUUGAGUGGAUAGUCGCACUUGCUAAUUUCAUUGCUAUCUUGCGUUGACACAAUGGUCAGCUAUUGUCUUGAUGUACUCAGAAACUUUUACUGUUGUAACAAGUGUGUAAUAUCAGAAUUUUAUAUGUAUUGUCUUCCUUUACUAUAAUAGCCUUAUUACUUGAUCUUUCUGAAUAUUCUUUUCUUUCUUUUUCUUUUACUUUUAUGAUUUUGUACUUGAUUCAUUGUUAUAAUUUACUGUAAAUCAGGUACUGGUUUUAUUGGUAGUGUUAAGCAAAACCCAUCUGGCACAGAUUGAUAACAAACUGAAAAUUAACAUACUAACUAAGACUUUGAGUUUUGCUUUAUAAUAGAAUUUUAAGACAUGCCAACAGGAAUAAUAUACUUAGAUUUUACUUUUUUAUUGUUAUGAGUGCUGUGUAAGACUGACUAUCCAGAGGUAUUAAUCUUUCUGGAUAAACUGAUUAUUAGCUGUAAGGUCCAUUUUGUAACUAUCAUGUGUACUAUUCUGUAAUCCAUAAGGCCAUUCACAAAACCUGGUGAUAUUGACUAAGCAGUUUUCAGAUAAGGCUUUUUCCCAUUUCUUCUUUUUCUUCUUCUUUUUUUAGAUUUAUUAGAGAUAGCUCCUAAUUACCUUUUAAAAAUGAAUGUCUGAAUAUAUAUUCUGUUCACGUUGAUUGAUUGGCAUGUUGCAGAUAACUUUUGUACAUGAUUUUUUAUAUCUCCAAUAAACUUUUGUAAGAAU